AUGACUAGCUCCUGGAUUUCGUCGCCGGUCGAAAAUAUCCAGAAAGACAGGUUUCAAGGCUGGUGUGUUCCGAUAGCGUCGAAAAAUGAUAUUCCUUCGCUGAUAACGCAACUGCACAAGGACAACCCCAGCAUCAGGAAAGCUACCCAUCCUGCCAUGUUCGCCUGGAGGACAGCUACAACGGCACCUAAACCACCGCACAUAGCAAAGCUUGAUCAGGGGAAAAACGACAACGGGGAGAAGGGUGCGGGAGAACGACUCGUGGCCAUUCUUAACGACUUCAAGCUACUCAACGUGCUGGUGUUGGUGGUAAGAUGGCACAACGGCCCUAACCUGGGCAGCAAACGAUUCAGAGUGAUCAGCAAGUGCGGCACACAGGCACUGCUACGCGCAGGAUGGCUACAACCAAAACCCAAGCUGUUCAGGGACGUGAAAACGCAUCUUAUUAUCUAA